UCAGUAAUGGAAUCAUUUGACCCAAUAAUUGUGUUGGAGCAUGAGGCCAUAAUUGGUGGUUUCAAGUGCCUUUACUGGCUUGUAAAAAACGAAAUAGCCCACCAAACCAACUACCCCAAGCUUCUGAGCCUGGCAGAGCUUUUAGGGUGUGAUUAUUUUAAAAAAUUAAAGAUUGACAAGAGUAAUAAUUAUAGGUCUCAUCGUAUAAUUGAUGAGAUGCUGGAGAUCCUAGCAGAGGUCCUGGAGGAACCUAUUCUCAUGGACAUCAGGUCAUCACGGGCGAUUAGCCUGGAGAUAGAUGAGAGCACUGAUGUCUCUGUGUCCAGGCAACUGGUUUUGCACAUCAGGUACUUGGAUAAAGAGGGACAGGUGUACAAUCAGUUCCUGGAUCUGGUAUCCGUCAUUGACGGCAAAGCGGACACCAUUGUUUCCGCUGUCAAAACAGUCCUUCUCAAAAAGGGCAUCCCGACUGAGAAGCUAUAUGGACUCGGGACUGAUGGGGCAGCUGUCAUGACAGGGCGUUUGAAUGGUGUUGCAAAGCAGCUUGAAGACAGCUUUCCCAAACUUUUGGCUGUGGCUUGUGCUGCCCACAAACUGGCCCUUGCUUGCAAGGAUGCUUCAAAUAGUGUCCCAUACAUGGCUACAUUUAGGGACCACUUGCAGGAUCUAUACCUGUUUUUUAGAAAUAGUGCCAAUCGGACCGCCACUCUCAAGGCUGCAUCCCUUAUCCUGGGUGUCACUGACCUGAAGGUUAAGGAAGUGAAGGACACGCGAUGGCUUUCACAGCAUAAAGCCAUACAGAUGCUACAGAGGAACCUGGCUGCUGUCCUUGGGGCCUUGGCGGAGGAGGCAGAGAUAAGGAAGUGUCCCACAGCCAAGGGGCUGUACACUUUCUGUGGGACUUACAGAUUUGUGGCCUCUGUAUAUCUACAGGCAGAUGUUUUGCCCCACCUAGCCUGUCUCUCAAAAGUGUUCAAGAAAGCACAUGUAAAUUUUUUACACAUCAAAGAGCAGGUUCCCGUCACCAUCCAGACCCUCCUGGAUAUAAGAGAGGCUGGGCAGACUCCGAUCCCAGGAUCGUUCCUGUCUCGCUUGCACGAGGACCUAGAGGAUCCUGACAAGCUUGGACCCUUCAAAAUCAAGCGUGAGGCUGAGAGGGGCAGGAGGGGGGAAGAUGUCCAGGACCAGUCGAGGGAGGCACAGUGGUGCAGAUUCGAGCAACAGGUCAUUCAACCCUACAUUACUGGCCUGGAGACUGAACUGAAAAGGAGGUUCCAGGAGCUGAACAUCCUAGGAGCCUUCAAUGUCCUUACACCUCAGUCGGCUGCCCUCCCUGACAAUAUGUCCAUUGCACAGCUCCAGACUCUGGCAAAAAAAUUCUGUCCAGACCAAGAGAAGGUGCUCCUCAAAGAGUGGUUUUCUUUCAAAAACCAUACCAUUACAGGGUCAUUACAGAACAAGAGCCAGGAGGAGCUCCUGACUCUGCUGGCGAGUGAGUAUGAUGAGUGGUUAGACCUCUACCCCUGCCUCAGUCUCCUUGCCAGCAUUGCCCUGAUUGUCCCAGUCUCAUCUGUGAAAUGCGAGCGGGAUUUCUCAGCUAUGAAUAGGAUAAAAACAGACCUCAUGAACAGGCUUCAAGGGGAACACCUGGCAGCCUGCUUAAGAAUCUCCAUAAAUGGGCCAAAACCGAAUAAGGUCCCUUAUGAUCGGGCACUUGAGUUCUUUUUCAGGAACCCACGUAGAAUUAGGUGUUCUGAUGUGGCAUGCAAGCUUUGCACAUUCGGCUAAUGCAGUUUCAUUAUUUUAGUUAGUUGCCUUGUUGUACCUAGUAGUAUAUUGUAUUUUCCGCACUAUAAGGCGCACCGGAGUAUAAGCCGCAGCAGCUAAAUUGAAUGAUGUGUACAUAUAUAAGCCGCACUGGACUAUAAGCCAAGGGUGUUUUAAUGUUUAAUUACCAUUAGGGCUGGAAGGGCCAGAAAAAAACACCAUAAAAAACAACAUUAAUAAUCCCUAUAUAAUCC